UCUCACGUCAUCUAUAUAUACAUCCAGGAAUGCGCUCGUUCCCUGUUCCACCGAACAAACCAGGUACUGAAAGUUCGUACUCGCUCUGCAAUCAGAAGGCAGACAGUGCAUUGCGAAAACAAGCACUUGGGUGCUGCUAUACGGGUUACUGGUUUAUACCGCAUUAAAUAGGGUUCUGCGCGCUCGACUCUGACCCCCUGCAAGCUGAGCGCAAAACCGAGGAAAAUUUUUACCCUGACCACUAGCCAGUGAGUUGAAGAGAGAGAGAGCAGGUAAAACCAGGGCCUGUAAUGAUGAGAAACACCACAGAGGAGAUGGCCACCAUAACCCUCCCACUCUGGGCUCAGAUCUCCAACUCCAGCCAGAAGUACUACAAUUCCAGCCCCAUUGAUUCCCCUCCAUCUCUCACCAAGGCCAAAGCCUGUGAGCAGCUUAACAUCGCCACAGAAAUCUUUCUGAUCCUCGGAAUUAUCAGUCUGUUGGAGAACAUCCUGGUCAUCUGCGCCAUCAUCAAAAACAAGAACCUCCACUCCCCCAUGUACUUCUUUGUCUGUUCCCUGGCUGUAGCCGACAUGCUGGUCAGUGUCUCAAACGCCUGGGAGACCAUCGUCAUCUACCUGUUGACAAACCGGCAGCUUGUGGUGGACGACCAUUAUCUCCGACAGAUGGACAACGUGUUUGACUCCUUCAUUUGCAUAUCCGUGGUGGCAUCGAUGUGCUCCCUGCUGGCCAUCGCAGUGGACCGUUACGUGACCAUCUUCUAUGCUCUGCGAUACCACAGCAUCAUGACACAUAGAAGGGCAGCACUCAUUAUUGGAGCCAUCUGGACCUUCUGUACAGGAUGUGGCAUCGUCUUCAUCAUGUACUCUGACAACAACCCGGUCAUCAUCUGCCUGGUAUCCAUGUUCUUCACCAUGCUGGUGCUCAUGGCAUCACUGUACAGCCACAUGUUCAUGCUGGCGAGGUCCCAUGUCAAACGUAUCGCCGCCCUGCCAGGAUACAAUUCCAUACACCAGCGGGCCAGCAUGAAGGGGGCCGUCACGCUCACCAUCCUCCUGGGGAUCUUUGUCGUCUGCUGGGCGCCUUUCUUCCUCCACCUCAUCCUGAUGAUCUCCUGCCCCACCAACCUCUACUGUGUGUGUUUCAUGUCCCACUUCAACAUGUACCUCAUUCUCAUCAUGUGUAACUCCAUCAUCGACCCUCUAAUCUACGCUUUUAGAAGUCAAGAGAUGAGGAAGACCUUCAAGGAGAUCCUUUGCUGCUACAGUCUGAGGAGCGUGUUUGAGUGUCUUCCUAUAUGCGAUAAACCUGGAGUUGCAUAGAAUUUCUCAAGUUAUUGACCCUUUGCUGUGGAUUCUACGUGUGGCUUACAGGAUUUGUUCAUGAACCAGACUACAUUGGAGUAGAACACUUUCUUAUCAUGUCUUGGACUGCGGUUUGGUACAGCCUCACUCCAUGCCCAGUAGAGAGUCUUUACCCUGGGUUUGGUACAGCCUCACUCCAUGCCCAAUAGAGACUCAGCUCAGGGAAAUUAAGCUACCUUAUUAAGUACACUGACCAAUAUUACUACUUACAACAUAGGUUACUGGGACUAUUUUAUUAUAUGCUGUUAUUUUACUGAAUGUGUAGUUGUAAGAUUUGAAAACCACAACAGGGACCAAAAACAGAAUGACUUGAACAAAGUUAGGGCAGGUGUAGAGGGACAGGGCUGGUGGAGAGGGACAGGGUUGGAGGAGAGGGACAGGGCAGGUGGAGAGGGACAGGGU